AUGAGACUGCUUUCUCUGUUGUUCGCGGCUGGCGCUGCUGCUGAGCUAUCUCAAGUGCCCUUCCAGAACACACCAGAGGUCGAGGGCUUCCAAGUCUACCAGAGCCAAUUCUCCGAGCACCAUUCCAUCCGCAUCAAACAGCAGCAGAACGACACUCUCUGUGAUGCACGCUCAAAGCAGUAUACCGGCUGGCUGGACGUUGGCUCUAAACACAUCUUCUUCUGGUACUUUGAGUCGCAGGCCUCGCCAUCAGAAGAUCCGUUAGUACUAUGGCUGACAGGCGGCCCUGGCGGAUCGGGCAUGAUUGGACUGCUCCAAGAGAAUGGGCCUUGUCUAAUCAAUGAGUACGGAAACGGGACUGUCUACAACAAACAUGGGUGGAGCAAGAAUGCGAAUGUCAUCUACGUUGACCAGCCGGCGGGUGUUGGUUUCAGCUAUGUCGAUGAGAAUGUACCGCUUCCUGGAACCAGUUUCACUGCUGCUGAGGACAUGCACCACUUCUUACAGCUGUUUACGAGUGAUGUGUUUCCAAAGCUGCAUGGCAACGACUUCCACAUCACGGGAGAAAGCUAUGCAGGCCACUAUGUUCCAACGCUGGGAGCUCAGAUAGUCUCUCAGAACCUACUAUAUCCAAAGCGGCCUCAGGUGAACCUCGAGUCCAUCUUCGUUGGGAAUGCAUACGUCAGCCCUCUGGACACAGCCUUUGGCUACUGGGAGACGCUUUGCACAACCAAUCCCGGCGUUGAGACUCCCAUCUUCAACCAGAGCCGCUGCGAUCUUAUGGCCACCCACCUCCCUCGCUGCCUAGAACUAGCCCGCGUCUGCUACGACCACCCUGACCCUGCUAUCUGUCUAGCUGGCGAGGAAGUGUGCUGGAAUGGGGUAAUCGUGCACUACGACGGCGAGUCUGGCGCAGGAGGUCGCAACCGCUUCGAUAUUACACAUCCCUGUGAAACAGGCGACGACCUUUGCUACCCUGAGAUCCAAAAGAUCGGGGAGUAUCUCAACCUACCGUGGGUGUACGAAGCCUUGCAUGUGUCUAAAGUAGUCGGCAACUACAGUGUCUUCUCCGAGGAAGUUGCAAUUGCUUUCUCGCUAACGAACGACUUGGGCAUCAGCACACAGCCACAGGUCUUGUACCUGCUAGAGAACGGCAUCGAUGUACUGUUCUACCAGGGAAAUCUCGAUCUUGCGUGCAACACGGCGGGAAACCUGCAGUGGGCGAACUCGAUGUCGUGGAAGGGUCAGCCGGCGUUUGUCGCGCAGAGCAAGCAGAUGUGGAAGCUCGGAGAGCAGGAGGUCGGCUGGUACAAGGAGGUCAAGGUUGUGACCGGUAGUGGUAGAGAUACGACGUUUGCGCUCAGUACCGUCAACGGAGCGGGACACUUGGUCCCGUACAACAAGCCGGAGGAGGCAUUGGCUCUUGUGGACAGGUGGUUGACCAAGCGCAGUUUUGCGUGA